AAUAUCAAAAAGUGUCAGAUCUCGAAACAAAGUGGGCGAAUUUAUGUUUUGAUUUCGUUCGUAGUUUUAUGAACUUUUACAAGAAAACAAUUUUAGAGUAAUGUGUAUUUAUAAUAGUUUAUAUCGGAAAAAUGCAUUUUUCUAUCCCUGAUUUACAACAAUUUCGCGAUGACAAUGGAAUCACUUACACAGGCUACAAUGUCUACAUCGAUGGAUUCUUUCACUGCACGGCUCGAUACAAACAGCUGCUUAGCCUUCACGAACAACUGCAAGCUCAAUAUCCGCACUUUAAGUUACCACAGUUUCCACCUAAGAAAUUAUUUUUAACUAACUCUCAGCUGGAAGAAAGAAGGACUUUGUUAGAAAAAUACAUUCAAUUAAUUGGACAAAAUCCUGUUUUUGCAAAUUCUGGUAUACUCAUAACAUUCCUAUUUUCUGCUCAACAAGAAACUCAUUCAGUUAGAGUGCAUGUAGUGGAUAUAGAGGUGUCACUGAUGAAUGGUUAUAGAAUACCACUGUCAGUGUCCUCAACGGAUAGCUCUAGUACAGUCUUAGACAUAGCAUGCAACUAUGUUAACCUGUCAAAAGAUCUGACCAAAUAUUUCUCAUUAUAUCUGUUUAAUUGGAGCUGCGCUAAGGACAGACAGCCAUGUAUCAAGAAAUUAGAAGAAUAUGAAUCUCCCUACAUAUCCCAAAAGUAUGUGAGGCCGGAAGACAAAAUUGUGUUGCGGAAAAGUUACUGGGAUCCAUGUUACGACCUAGAUUUAAUGAUAGACAGGGUUUCACUAGAUUUAUUAUAUCUCCAACUCAUCGAAGAACUUGAUCUCGGCUGGAUGGUUGCCGAUCAGGGGACGAGGGAAAUUCUAAGCGAUCACGAAGCUAAGAAACAAAAGAGAGAGUACAUAGAAAUGGCCCGUACGUUGAGGCACUACGGCAGUGUUCCCGCCGGUGAGGCGAUUACUGAGGCUAUUAACGUCGGUGAUGGUAAUGGCUCUAUCCGAGUAAGGGUGUCUCUGGCGUCCAAGGAACUGACCCUCACCAGCCUCGACACAAGACACGAACAGAGGUACAAAGUCACCAGGAUGAGGUGCUGGAGAAUAACUACCUUACACACUAUGGAACGUCAACAAACGAACGGACACGACUCCCUGAUGGACGAGCCGAGUAAAAACUUCGAACUCUCCUUCGAGUAUCUCAUAAGCAAAGACAAUCUCGUUUGGGUCACGCUUAGAACAGAACACGCUAUAUUCAUAAGUGUCUGUUUACAGUCAAUCGUGGAGGAGCUGAUGCGUCAGAAGAACGGCGAAGGUCCUAAAUCCCCUCGUUGUAAGCGAGCGAGUCUGACUUACCUCCGACGUGACGGUUCAACUCACCUCAUCACACCGUCAUCCUCCAGCGAUACUCUCAGCUCUGCGAAUGGCGAUUCAUCUGGCAGUUCGAGGGAAUUGUUUUCAGUACAAAAGCUAACAGAAAAAUUCGCAUCAGUGGCCUUCAAGACGGGCAGAGAUUGUGUUGAAAACAACGCGUUUGAGGCCAUCGGUGAUGAGGAACUAUAAGGGUUUGAAUUAUUCUCCCAAAGAAUGACCAGCAAUGAAAAUGUAGUUGAUGCCAAUACUGUACAGAAUUUAUUUUAUACUUAUGAAGUAUCCCCCGAAUUUCUUUUUUUUUCUUUUUUUGUGUACAUAAACUUUAUUAAGCGGUUAUAAUAAUGAGAUGUUUAUUUUAAUUUGGCUAUGAAUACAUUGAGCCAUACGCUUGCCAUAUCUUGAUUUAUUUAUACUUCUAACAAAACAUGAAUAUGAUUAAGAAUAUUUUUGUUCUUCAAUUUUAAUUUCCUAAAUAAAAACAGUACAUUAAUAAGUAUAUCAUGUAUGUAAUGUUAAGUGUUGACCGACAACAGAAUAAAAAAGAUAAAUAUUCAUAUAAAAUCAAUGUAUUUUAAUGGUCUUAAUAGGUGUUUGCAAAAUCCUAUAAUUGGUAAAUAAGGACUAAAUCAAAGUCCAUUCUUGAUAAAUACUGGUCCUUAAUAUUCUCAAAUGUCUCAAGUUGUCCAAAGAGUUUAAUUUGCGAUCAUAUUUAAGUCAGUGUUGCCAUCAUCAAUUAAUUCAUAUUCUUAUAAUAUGAAAAUUUUAUAUCACUAGUUAUAAAUGACCAUUACUCUUUUGUCUAUACAUAUUUGGGCCAAUAAACACCCCAUGAUAUAUGAUAUUCAAAGCUAAAAUUAAUAUAGAAUUUAUUUUUAGACAAACAUGAACAAUUAUAAUUUUUACUAUAUAUUAAGUCUUUAUUUCCUGUACAUGUCACUCCUGAUUUUUAAUACUAGUUUUUAAUUUACGACCUAAGUUUAACAUAAAUCUGAUUCUAUUGAUCAAACGGUUUUCAUCUAAACUUGUCUUGAUAAGAUAUACAUAGAUGUAAAGCAUUUGCGAUUAGAGAAUGUCUCUUUUUUUUAUACAUAAGUAUAAUAAUUUUUGUUUGUUAUUUUAUAUUCAACAUAUCUCUGUAAUUAAGUCAUAUUUAAGUCAAUGAAUUAUGAAUUUGGGAAAUUCUUUAUAAUUUAGUACAAUAAAAUGAAUAUAAGUAAAUGUUCUCUGAAGUCAUCAAAAUAUGUUUGUAAUAUUUUUAUUGUUAUGUACAUUUUUCUUAAUAAAAUAUAUUUUCACAUUAA